UGAGUUCUUGAAAUCUUUCAGCUGAGACAAAAUGACUGCAAUCAAGCAUGCCUUGCAAAGGGAUAUUUUCACUCCCAAUGAUGAACGCCUGUUGAGCAUUGUGAAUGUUUGCAAAGCAGGCAAAAAGAAGAGAAACUGCUUUUUGUGUGCCACAGUGACAACAGAGCGUCCAGUGCAAGUAAAUGUGGUAAAGGUGAAAAAAUCUGACAAGGGAGAUUUCUACAAAAGACAGACUGCGUGGGCACUUCGGGAUCUUGCUGUUGUUGAUGCCAAAGAUGCUGUUAAAGAGAAUCCUGAAUUUGAUUUACAUUUUGACAAAGUGUACAAAUGGGUUGCAAGCAGCACAGUGGAAAAGAACACUUUCAUUUCAUGUAUCUGGAAACUUAAUCAGAGAUAUCUUAGAAAGAAAAUUGACUUUAUAAAUGUUAGUUCCCAGCUUUUAGAAGAACUGCCUAAAGUUGCAGAAGAAUCAGUUCCGAGUGGAGAGAAUCAAAGUGUAGCAGGAGGUGAUGAAGAAGCUGUGGAUGAAUACCAGGAACUAAAUGCAAGAGAGGAACAGGAUAUUGAAAUAAUGAUGGAAGGGUGUGAAUAUGCCAUAUCUAAUGCUGAAGCCUUUGCAGAAAAGCUGUCUAGAGAGCUGCAAGUGCUAGAUGGGGCAAAUAUCCAGUCAAUCAUGGCCUCUGAGAAACAGGUGAAUAUCUUGAUGAAGUUGCUGGAUGAAGCUCUGAAGGAAGUUGAUCAGAUUGAAAUGAAGUUGAGCAGUUAUGAAGAAAUGCUUCAGAGUGUAAAAGAACAAAUGGAUCAGAUUUCAGAAAGCAACCACCUAAUCCAUCUCAGCAACACGAACAAUGUGAAGCUACUGUCUGAGAUAGAGUUCUUAGUGAAUCAUAUGGAUUUGGCUAAAGGUCAUAUAAAGGCCCUCCAAGAGGGAGAUCUGACAUCUUCUCGGGGCAUUGAGGCCUGCACUAAUGCAGCAGAUGCCCUUCUGCAGUGUAUGAAUGUCGCUCUUCGUCCAGGACAUGAUAUGCUGCAUGCGGUCAAAGAGCAGCAACAGCGAUUUAGUGACUUGCGUGAACAGUUUGCACGAAGGCUUGCCAGUCACUUGAACAGCGUAUUUGUUCAACAGGGUCAUGAUCAGAGUUCCACGCUUGCCCAGCACUCUGUUGAAUUGACAUUACCCAAUCAUCAUCCGUUUCACAGAGAUUUACUUCGUUAUGCUAAACUGAUGGAGUGGCUCAAGAACACAGACUAUGGAAAAUAUGAAGGUCUGACAAAGAAUUAUAUGGAUUAUUUAUCACGACUGUAUGAAAGAGAAAUAAAAGAUUUCUUUGAAGUUGCCAAGAUCAAGAUGACAGGCACAACCAAAGAAGGAAAAAAGUUUGCUACACUGCCUCGAAAAGAAAGUGCUGUCAAACAGGAAACGGAGAGUCUCCAUGGAAGUUCUGGAAAACUGACUGGAUCUACUUCUAGCCUAAAUAAACUCUCUGUUCAGAGUUCAGGAAACCGUAGGUCUCAGUCAUCCUCACUGUUGGAUAUGGGAAACAUGUCUGCCUCUGAUCUUGAUGUGGCUGAUAGAACAAAAUUUGAUAAGAUUUUUGAACAAGUAUUAAGUGAGCUAGAGCCUCUGUGCCUGGCAGAACAGGACUUCAUUAGUAAAUUUUUCAAACUACAGCAACAUCAGAGCAUCCCUGGAACAACAUCGAAUGAAACAGAGGAAAUGGAUGGAGGAACUUUAUCUCGUUCAUAUACUUCUGGUGGUCCUCAAACUGUAUCAUCUGAGAAGGACAUGAUCCGACAAAUGAUGACAAAAAUAUUUCGCUGUAUUGAACCUGAGCUGAAUAAUCUUAUUGCACUGGGGGACAAGAUCGAUAGCUUUAAUUCCCUUUAUAUGCUAGUUAAGAUGAGCCAUCAUGUAUGGACAGCACAAAAUGUGGACCCAGCUUCCUUUCUCAGCACGACACUUGGAAAUGUUUUGGUGACUGUUAAAAGAAACUUUGAUAAAUGCAUUGUAAGUUCUUUUAGUUAUUCUGAUUAAUCUGACUAAAACACUACAGGAGGCGUAUUACUUUCCAGUUUGAUUUUUG